GGGCGAGUGAGGCCAGCGCGGGCCGUUCGGAGGAGGCCGGCGGCCAUCAUGGCGGCGACGUGCGACUUCCAGCUGCCCCUGGUGGCCGGAGACCUGCUGCGGGGCGGCGGCGUGGGGCGCUACGUGGUGCAGGAUGUGCUGUCCGGGAGGGAGCUGCCGCCCGCGGUGGCAGCUUUCCGGGCCGCUUUCCGGGCGCAGGGUGCGCUGGCUGUGCUGCAGCACUUCGACACCAUGUACAGCUUGCUGCACAACUUCCAAGCCGUGGCACCUGCCCUGAGGGAGGACGCCCUGGAGCUGAUGAUGCAAGUGGCGUCCCGUCAUUCCAAUGAGCUUCCUGCCAUCCUGGGUGAUUCUGGGCUGAGCCACGCAGACCUGAGCGCUCACCUGAGCGCUCUCAAGAUGAACUGCUACGUGCUGACUGGCCUGUUGGAAGCCUUUGAAAAGCAAACCUCCAAGAAUGGGCUGGUAGAGGUGGAUCCUGGUGGAAAGAACAAAAAGAACCGUGCAAAGGGCUCUGAAUCCUCGUGGGAAGAGGAGAGGGAGCCGCUCUUGCGUCUGUUAAACCAGUUGCUGCAGCUGGAUCUCCGCCGGCUUUGGGGUGGCGUGGUGGAAGAAGAUUUUGUCAACUUAGUGACAGGAGUCUGCUACCGCAUCCUGGAGAAUCCAACUAUCGGUCACCAGAAGUAUCGGGCCACGCGGGAUGCAGUGACACAUCUGCUUGCCACAGCUUUGACUCACUACGAUCACCUGUUCAGUGCUACUCUGAAGAUCACGCAGAUGCUGCAGCACUCUGAACACGUAGCCCCAGUGUUUGUUCGGGCUGUGACUGUCUGGGCUACAGAGUAUGGUCUGAAAAGUAUAGUGGGUGAACUUCUGAGGGAAAUUGGACAGAAAAAUCCGCAGGAUUUAUCUCGUGAUACUUCUGGAGUGAAGGGUUAUGCCACCUUUAUAACGGAACUUGCUGAACAAAACCCUGCUCUGGUGCUAUCCAACAUGAGUGUUCUGCUGCGUCACUUGGAUGGCGAGAGCUACGUGAUGCGAAACGCCAUUCUGGCAGCUAUGACAGAAGUGCUGCUGCAGGUGCUGAACGGUGACCAGCUGGAGGAAGUUGCCCGUGGUACUCGGGACCAUUUCUUGAGUAUGCUGCAGGCCCACAUCUGUGAUAUCAGUGGAUUUGUGCGCAGUCGGGUGCUGCAGCUUUUCACCCGAAUCGUUCACGGUAAGGCCCUGCCUUUGACUCAGUUCCAGUCUGUGGUAUCGCUGGCUGUUGGGCGUCUCCAAGACAGAUCUGUGGUGGUAGUUAAAAAUGCCAUCCAGCUCCUGGCUGCGUUUUUGUCCAACAAUCCCUUCUCCUGCAAGUUAAGCUGUGCUGACUUGGCUGACCCACUCAAGAAAGAGGUGCAGAAGCUGCAAGAAAUGAGGGACCGCUGCAGAGAAACUGCAGCUCCAGCAAUCACCCCAGAAGAGGAGUGGGAAGCAAUGCUGCCAGAAGUUAGAGCUGCCGUAGAGCAGCUCCUACCGCUUCAGGAAGAGGAAGAUGAGGUGCUGGAAGUUGAAGAAACAGCAGAGGGUGCAUCAGAGCAAAUCACUGGGCUUCUGAAGAAGCUGAAUUACAAGAGUGCAGUCCACCUUACGCAGAAGGCCCUGUGCCGCUUCCAGGGGAAGGAGCCCUUUAUUAGCUCCGAGGAAGAAAAUGAGGAGGCAACAAUCCUGGGCAUUCUGAAGAGACUUUACAUAGGUAAGAACCAUGAGGAUUCUCCAUGUGACAACAGGAGUCUUGCGAUCGAAGAAGUUGCGCCCAAAGAGCAGCCUCAAGAGCAGGCUCAGACAGAGCUGGUCAAACAGGAGAUGUUGGUGCAGUAUCUGCAAGAUGCUUACAACUUCUCAGUGAAAAUCACAGAAGCCCUGAGCCUGGUCAGCAAGCUGAUGUAUGAAAAUUCUGUCUCAGUGGUUCAGGAAGCCAUUGAGUUCUUUGUGACGGUCUCCCGGUUUGGUGUGCCCCAAGCACUGCUUGGAGUCCGCAGGAUGCUCCCCCUCAUAUGGUCGAAAGAGCCUGCUGUUAAGGAGGCUGUGCUGAAUGCCUACAGGCAGCUCUAUCUGAGCCCGAACGGGAAUUCGGAGAGGGCCAGGGCCCAGAACCUGGUGCAUUCUCUCUCUCUCAUCGUGGUGGAUGCUUCACUAGGAACAAUACAGUGCUUGGAAGAAAUGAUCUCAGAGUUUGUGCAGAAAGAUGAAAUAAAACCUGCUGUGAUCCAGCUGCUUUGGGAGCGGUUCACAGAGAAGUUGCAGUGCUCGCCUCUAGAACGACGUGCAGCUGUGAUGCUGCUGGGGUUGAUGGCACGAGGGAAGCCAGAGAUCGUAGGUAGCAACUUGGAUGUUUUGGUGACAGUAGGGUUGUCUGAGAAAGCAUGUGAAGACUAUUGUUUGGCACAGGAAGUAUGCAAUACGAUCUCCAAACUUGCCAGUAACCCUAAGCCAGCACUGGAGAGGAACAAAGGCCCUUUUCGACUGCCCCAGGAUCACAUGCUCUUUGGGUACCUGACUGAGGCUGUGAGUAAAGGCUUUGUUCAGCCAAGUGGUGACUGGAUCCCUUUCAUGGAGGCAGCAAUAACACUUAUCUACCAGCUAGCAGAAGGGGCAGACGAGAUCAGUGCUCGCAUCCUGCAGGUGUGCAGCCAGAAAGUUCUGGACAAGCUGCAGGAGGCUGAUGGGCAGAAAGCUGAUCAAGAGGCUUCUCCCAGCAGAGUGUCUGGUGCUAGCAGUCUCCCUACAUUCCUGCUGUUGCAUCUGGUGUCCCUUGUGGGCCAGGUGGCACUGCAGCAGGUAGCAUAUUUGGAGGUGUCCGUGAGCGCAGAGCUGCGCAGACGCCGCAUCCUCAAGGAGGAGCAGAAGACCAAGAAAUUUGACAGCAGCACAAGUCAGAGGUCUCGGAGCACAGGAAAUGAGACCACUAUGGAAGAGGAACUGGGCCUGGUGGGAGCUUCUGCUGACGACACUGAGGCUGAGCUCAUCCACAGUAUUUGUGAGACAGAACUUCUAGAUGAAAAGCACCUGUUUUCCGCCUUUGUUCCACUGGUGCUCAAGAUCUGCAACAACCCUGGGCUCUACAGCGAUCCAGCUCUUAGAGCUGCUGCAGCCCUGACUCUUGGCAAACUCUGCAUGAUCAGCUCUGAGUUCUGUGACUCCCACUUGCGCUUGCUGUUCACUAUGAUGGAGAAGUCCAGCCUGCCUGACGUGAGAUCCAACCUCAUUAUUGCAGCAGGAGAUCUGGCCAUCCGUUUCCCCAACCUGGUGGAGCCAUGGACACCACAUCUCUAUGCCAGGUUGCGGGACCCCUGUAAGAGCGUGAGGCAGACGGCUGGAGUGGUGAUGACACACCUCAUCCUCAAAGACAUGGUGAAGGUGAAAGGCCAAGUGAGUGAAAUGGCGACUCUGCUUAUAGACCCGGAAGAGACAAUCGCAGGAGUGGCUCAGAACUUUUUCAGUGAACUCUCCAACAAGGGUAACGCCAUCUAUAACCUGCUUCCAGACAUGAUCAGUCGCCUCUCAGAUCCUGAAUGUGGCGUAGAUGAAGAAUCCUUCCGCACUAUUAUGAAACAUCUCUUCUCCUAUAUUACAAAAGACAAACAGACAGAGAGCUUGGUGGAGAAACUUUGUCAGCGAUUCCGGACUGCCAGGAAUGAGCGUCAAUAUCGGGAUCUGUCCCACUGCCUUACUCUGCUUCCCAUCUCGGAACGGGGCCUUCACAAGCUGCAGGACAACUUUGACUGCUUUGCAGACAAGCUACAAGACCCAGCUGUCUACAGUUGUUUCCAAGCAGUGCUGGUUCGAUUCCGCAGAGUACCCAGCAAGCCUGAGAAUAAAGCUCUAGCUGAAGAGCUGGAGCAGAGGCUGUCUGCCUGCCAUAACCGAGGACUGGAUUCGGCAGAGACGUGCCAGGAAGGCAGUAAAACUCCAAUGCCAGCCAAGCGAAGGCCAACAGCAGCAAGCUCACGCCGCCAGCCCCUGAGCACAGCCAACAGGGAUGAUGAUAAAGCUUUUGUCACCCCCCAGCCUCGCACGUUGCGGAACCCGAAACGUGCCCAGAAGAGCCGUCCACGCAAAAAACCUAUCAUCACCUUCUCCAGUGAUGAGGAGAACAGCUCUGAGGAUGAGUUUUCAGCAGAAUUAACAGAGGAAGAAACCCCCACCAAAACAACUCCCAUCACCAGAUCUUCAGCCCGACGGCUACGCUGAGGCAACGAUCUGCCCCUGUCUGUAAGCUAAAAAUAAAGUUCCUUUUAUACCACA